UGUGAGUUGUUACAGAUUACAGAUUACAGAGAUAAGUUUUUUCAUAUUCGAAUUCCAUGGCGAAUGAUUAAAGAAGAAGCCUUAGCCAACGUUUUGUUGAACCAUAAAAAAUGCUUCGGAUUCACAUUUUCUCUUCACUCAUUAAUACUCCACUCCACGCAAAGCCACUUCAUUCCUCGUAUAUCCCUCUUUCUUCUUCUGCUCCAAUACGGCGUCGUUUGGUGAGAACCGCCACUCCUUCUAAAACAAAUCUCAAGCAUCUCACUUCGCGCAUAGUUCAACUCACUCGCCGAAGACAGCUUCACCAGAUUUUGGAUGAGGUUGAGGUUGCAAAGAAACGUUUCGGGAAGCUGAACACGAUAGUGAUGAACGCGGUCAUGGAGGCUUGUGUUCAUUGCGGUGACAUCGUUUCAGCUCUGAGGAUAUUCCACGAGAUGAAAAACCCCAAGGGUUGUGGUGUGGAUACUGUCACGUAUGCUACGCUUUUGAAGGGGUUAGGUGAGGCAAGAAGAAUCGAUGAAGCUUUUCAAGUGCUUGAAUCUGUGGAAAAUGGUACUGCAAUGGGAAGUCCAAAGUUGUCAGCUCCACUGAUCUUUGGUCUGCUCAAUGCCUUAGUUGAAACAGGAGACUUGCAUCGUGCAAAUGGCCUCCUUGCACGUUAUGGUUUUGUGCUUCGUGAAGGUGGGAAAUUUUCAGUCUCAGUAUACAACAUAUUAAUGAAGGGGUAUAUAAACUCAGGCUGUCCACACACUGCAAUAAACAUGCUCAAUGAAAUUUUACAUCACGGAAUAAUGCCCAACAGGCUCACGUAUAACACACUAAUUUUAGCAUGUGUUAAGAGUGAAAAGUUGGAUGCUGCAAUGCAAUUUUUUGAGGAAAUGAAGGACAAAGCACAGAAAUUCACGUAUGAUGAUCUGUUUCCAGAUAUUGUUACAUAUACAACAUUGCUCAAGGGUUUUGGGCAGUCGAAGGAUCUCGCUUCAGUUUUGAAAAUUGUGCUGGAAAUGAAAUCAUGUCAUGAGUUAUACAUCGAUAGAACUGCUUACACUGCAAUAGCUGAUGCUUUACUAAAAUGCGGCUCAGUUAAGGGUGCUCUGUGUAUUUUUGGAGAAAUACUGAAGCAGGCUGGUUGGAAUCCAGAGUUAAAGCCAAAGCCUCAUCUCUAUCUUUCCAUGAUGCGUGCCUUUGCUUUUCGAGGAGAUUAUGAUCUAGUUAAAAUUUUGCAUAAGCGGAUUUGGACAGAUACUGCAGGAUCCAUCUUACUAGUUGCCCAAGAAGAAGCUGAUCACCUUCUUAUGGAAGCGGCACUGAAUGCUGGACAGGUUGAUGUUGCUAUUAAAACUCUUAUUGAUAUUGUUUCAAGAUGGAAGGGCAUAUCCUGGACAAGUCGUGGAGGCAUGGUUGCUUCUCGUAUUGAGGCCAUAUUGGGAUUCUCAAAGUCUGUAUUCAGUCCUUACUUACUUCCUCAGGUUUCACCUUCUGAACCGGUUGAGGGUUUCAUGAUACCAUUUGAAGCAACACGACCACUAGAAGGUACCAUAAAGCUGAAGAAAGUGGUUAUGCGAUUCUUUAAUGACGCAGUUGUUCCUAUUGUAGAUGAGUGGGGCAGUUGUACAGGGCUGUUACACCGUGAAGACUGCAAUCAGUUGGAUGCUCCACUUUCAGCAAUGAUGAGAAGCCCCCCUUCCGUUGUUACGACUUCAACAUCUGUAGGUCAUGUAGUUGAUUUAAUUUUGGAGAAACGGUACCCAAUGGUUAUCAUUGUAAAUUACAACAACUCAUGUGCUACUUCAUACAGCUCUAGAGCAGUUGGAGUUUUUACAUUAGAACAAUUGAAUAGGCUUAUCACACCUGUAUCUGAAUUAAAAGGGACAGAUCUUUCAGUCUACAGAAGAUAAUAUAACAUGU